GGCGAUUAUAAAGCGAUCUGACACGUCUGGAGCCGUUUGGGUUCAAGGAGCGUUCCUGUGUACGGGCAAAGUUCUCAGGGAGCAGCAGCCAUGGUCUCGGUGCAGGAUGAAGCUUUGGACGAGGUUCCUCUCCAGGAGGAGGACAGUAUUGAGUUCCGGGUGUUGAUGGUAUAUGCACAGCGUACUUUGCCCAACAAUAAAUUCCAAGACCUGAUGAGCCAGACUCCUGUAAAGAAGAAAGAGGCUGAAACCUCCAAUGGGGAAGGACACACAGUUGGUAAUGGGCCUGCAAACUCUCUUAAAAAGAAAGGGAAAAAGAAGAAAGGUGCUGCCACCUCUAAUGGGGAAGGACACAAAGUUGAUGAUGGCCCCUCGGCCACCCCAAAAAAGAAAGAGAAGAAGAGGAGUAGGCACUGGCGAUUGUUCCCAAAGUGUCUGCAGCCACCAAGAGACAAGGAAGAAAUCAAAUUCCGUUCAGACGAGAAUCCGGAUGACACGCGCUUCAGAGAAAUCGUCCAGAGACUAAAAUCCAUUGUCCAGGGACUGGAAAAGCAAGAUCACGAGAGUGCAACAUUCAGGGUGUUGAAGCGAUUGCCCAGCAUCCAGCAUGACGGAGAUGGUGAAGAGGAUUUAAUUAAAGAUAUUGUGGAGAUUCUGAGAGCAGAAGGCGACAAGAUGAAUAAAGAGAUUGUCCAAGAGCAGAGACUUCAGGCAAACUGGUCUUACAGUUUCUUUCAGAAGCUUACUGAGGCUUAUGUGUCGCAGAUGAUCCCUGCCUCAGAACUAGAGGACAUACAGCAGACCAGUAAGAUUGCGCUGUGCAUCCAUGCCACCACCAAACUCACCGCUUUAGACAGUCAUCCCAUGAACCGGAUGUUUGGGUUUGGAGCCAGAUAUCUAAAGGAAAAUUACAGCCAGUGGAUACAGCAGCAAGGAGGAUGGGAAAAAGCUAUGGGAAUCCCAGACACACAAGACGAGUCAGAGGAAGAAUAAGGUACGGAAGUCUGAGUCGAAUGCCACCCAAUUCCUGUGAUCUCAAGCAUCUGACUUGGGACUUGUCUUCUGAAGCAUGGAAUAACAAAUUCAUCUAUCAUGCAGGACAAAAGGGUCUUGUAUGCAUUUUAAUGCCAACAUCAAUAGAGCAGUGACAAGACGGGUACAACAUGAGUGGCAGGACCCUGAGUGACCUGCAUGUUACUAGUUGUGAGGAUUCCUGGGCAGCACUGGGGUUCUGGGUUCGAAUCCAACCAAGGACAACAUCUGCAUGGAGUUUGUAUGUUCUCCUGCAUAGGCUUCAUCCCACACUCCAAAGACAGGGAAUCUAGAUUGUGAGCUACAUAGAAGACAGCGAGUGUGGAAUAUGUCAUUGUUUUAUAUAAGCGAGUAAAAUAAAUAAAAUACAUACUGGUCUCUUUAAGGGAAUACAGACCAAUGGUGCUUCAGACCGGUCACCCGGAGGAUCACAGAGCACCAGCUUUGACUCGGAGCACAGAGAUGGACAAGUGGGUGGGGCCUGUAGAUCAGGUCAUUGUGUUGUAGCUCAGAAUCCUGGUGUUGGGGUGGGUUUACACAGGCCAAUGGAGCAGGCAAUUACUGGGAAGGAAGCGUUCCUUCCCUACAAUUGCCUGCUGGUUAGUGGAGGGAAAGCGCUGCAUUUACAUGUGAUCACCUUUACUGUAUGGGG